CGACCAGCAUGACAUUUGAACCUAAUGGAUCAUAUAAAGACAAACCCGUUAUACAGCGAAGAAUGAUACAAAUUACUACAUAUUACAUGUAGUAAUAUAUUUCGUUUAUUAAUAUAGUUUUAUGUACUUGGAUUAAAUUCAUGAAAAUGAGUUGCUGCACAAAAUGUGGUGUGCCAAAACCCCGCGUGUUGACGCUUGUUUUGCUUAGUGUGGCUAUCAUUGUACAAGCGGUGUCAUUAGCCCUUCCGGAAUGGAGCGCAAUCGACACCAUGUAUUAUCAAUACCCCGUUAAGGCCUAUCAAAAUCUCUGGAGGGAAAAUUUCAUUGAAGAUGGGGGAGGGAACGCAUUUCCAAAAGAAGAAUCAAAGAUACAAAAUGACUGGAAAAAAACCGUACAGAAAGUGGAAAUCACGUGCCUCGUGGCGGGGUUGGUCGGUAUGUUUCUACUGCUGCUGUCGUCUGUCACAAACAAACUGGUCACCCUGAGUGGGGUGUGUCGCCUGCUGGGAAUAUGCUUCAGUGCACUGGCAGGCAUUGAAGUUCUAGUAGGAUCCCUCCUAUACAAAUAUCAGCACAAAGAAAUAUUUUCCAUCUUGGCAAAAGACCCCAAGAACGAAUAUCCCACAGAGAAACUAGAGCUGUCCUACGGCUUUUACACGUCCGUUGCAUCGGGUGCAUUGUAUGGCUUCGUGGUAGUCUUUGAACUCGUUGUUUUGAUAAAAAAUCAUGUAAAGUACGAAAAGAAGCAAAUGCAGUUAGAUCAUUAAAUUGAGAUAUGGUGACUAUAA